UCUUAACGGAAACUGAAACAUUAAUCCAUCUUCUGUUACUACACUGUGAUUCUCAUUUCCCGUCUCUCCAACUAUGCCGAAUCCUAGAGUCUUCUUCGACAUAACCAUCGGCGGCCAACCCGCCGGCAGAAUCGUGUUUGAGCUCUUCGCCGACACCACUCCUCGCACCGCCGAGAACUUCCGCGCCCUCUGCACCGGUGAGAAGGGAGUCGGUCGGAGAGGCAAGCCGCUCCACUACAAAGGCUCGAUCUUCCACCGUGUGAUCCCGAACUUCAUGUGCCAGGGCGGCGACUUCACCGCCGGAAACGGCACAGGCGGCGAAUCGAUCUAUGGUGCCAGGUUCGCCGACGAGAACUUUGUGAAGAAGCACACCGGUCCCGGCAUUCUCACCAUGGCGAACGCCGGUCCCGGAACCAACGGAUCUCAGUUCUUCAUCUGCACAACGAAGACGGAGUGGCUCGACGACAAGCACGUGGUGUUCGGACAGGUCGUUGAGGGACUGAACGUGCUGAAGGAGAUCGACGACAAGCACGUGGUGUUAGAAUACUUGUCGUUUUUAGAAAAGAAGACUGGUGCAGAAUUAUCACAAUAAAUUCUCAGCGGCUUGGAAAUACUAUCGAUUACUCCAAGUCCUGAAAUAAAGUUCCGCAACCAAUUAGCCUGAACUGUGGCCUCAAAGCAUGCCA